ACCAUUAUUUCCCACUUCGACAACAACACAAAAUAGUGGAUAAUAUGUCAGAAAUGAUAGCAAUAGAUGGGUCAAGUAUGAAUAAUACAGAUUACAUUGAUGAAAAUAAUAUAACUGAAAACUCAUUGCUAUCAAGAAAUUCAUUUGAGUGCAUCGGUUAUUAUGGCGCUGAAAUGACAAGAUCGAGAGAAUACCGAGAUUCAAACCAGAAAGAAAGAUUGGCUGUUUUUGCUGCAAUUUUACAACAUAGUUACAGUUCUAAUAUUAAACAUCGUACAUGGAGUAUUAUAUUAUUUCCUACUCAUGAUCACAAUAACAACAGUAACGUGAAAUUAUUUAGAGCUUAUAAAUAUAUUGGAAUGGCAAUGUUUUUUACGAG